CACGCGUACGUUGGGGCGGAACCUCGGAGCUAGUAGCCAUUACUAGCAUAGCAGAGCUAACGCUAUGUGACCACCACACAUUAGAGCCAAAACAGAGCCUUUUAACGAAUUAUGUACGUUAUGUGACUACACAAUACUAUGCUUUUGGUAGAGUAACGAAAUAUAAGUGUUCGUCAACUGGUGUUCAGCAUAACAACCCAUUAUGGAUGCAGUGAACGCGUUCAACAUGGAGUUGUUCUCCAUGAUUGAAAUGAAGCCUCCAAUAUCCCGUGCUAAGAUGAUGUCUGUAACAAAAUCAGCCAUCAAAGCUAUCAAGCUUUAUAAACAUGUUGUCCAGAUUGUUGAAAAGUUCAUCAAGAAGUGCAAGCCAGAAUUAAAAGUCCCUGGGUUGUAUGUGGUGGAUUCCAUUGUUCGACAGUCUCGGCAUCAGUUUGGUGUUGACAAAGAUGUAUUUGGGCCCAGAUUCUUGAAGAACUUCACAGAUACUUUCCAAAACCUUUACCGGUGCCCAGAGGAUGAUAAGAGCAAAAUUGUCCGCGUCCUGAACCUGUGGCAGAAGAAUGGUGUGUUUGACAUGGGCAUCAUUCAGCCUCUGAUGGAUAUGUCCAAUGGAACCAUUGUACCUGCCCCUGAACUGGAAGUUCCUGCUGACCGCAAACCAGAGACACGACUUCCUGUCACUAGUCCAUCAGUUGUGCCUGCUGUGCCCCAGCUACCAACUCCUGAUGCCUUAGCUGCUGUGGCACAGCUUUUUCAAUCUCCCCAUGGUCAGGAGCUGCAUAGGAUGCUUCAGAACUUCCAGCAGGCAGAUAAGACCCUGGCAGCCACACUUGCAAACAACAUACCAAACCAACCCCAUAUGCCUGUGUCCCAGCUCAACCCAUACAGUGCACACACAGAAAAGAGAAGCUCUUUAGCCGAGAAACUACUUGACCGAUUUGAUUACGAUGAUGAACCUGAGGAAAUAACGGCUAAAGAAGGCAGUGCCCAGUCACAAGGCAUUCCUGAAAAUGUGUUUAACCAGUUUCCUGGUCAGAUGCCCAACGCAGAGAACUUUCAUCCACAUAUGAUGGGACAGAGCGGUGGUAUAGAGCAUGGUGGAGGAAUAAGUCAUGGUGAACAUCACAUGAUGCUAGAUGGAUACGGCUCCAUAAAUGAGGCUUAUUCACAAUCGCAGGGAAAUUCAAGAGAAGACUCAACCAUGAGGCGGGAGGGCCGACACAGAGGCUGUGGCAGGAGAUCAAGAUCCAGAUCUGGUUCAAGAUCUCCCAGGAGAAGAAGAUCCAGGUCUUCGUCCCGCUCAAGAAGGUCAAGGCAUCGACGUUCUCAUUCUCGCUCUAAAGAACAGCGCUGGAGAUCUCGCUCUGGUUCUCAGGACAAGAAUGAAAGAGAGAAGGACAGAGAGCGCAGACAGAAAGGUCUUCCCAGCAUAAAGAGCCAGACACUCAGUGUUUGCAGCACUACUCUUUGGGUGGGACAACUAGACAAGAAAACACAACAGUCCGACGUGAUGUCCCUUUUGGAAGAGUUUGGCCAAAUUGAGUCCAUCAAUAUGAUUCCUCCGAGGGGUUGUGCCUAUAUUGUUAUGGUUCACAGACAAGAUGCCUAUACAGCCUUGAACAAACUCAGUAGGGGGUCAUACAAGGUCAAUCAGAAACCUGUUAAGAUUGCUUGGGCUUUGAACAAAGGUAUAAAAUCAACGCACAAGAAGUUCUGGGAUGUGGAGCGCGGUGUUACCUACAUUCCCUGGAGCAAAGUCAAAGUUGAGGAGUUGGAGAGCUAUCGGGAAGGGGGUAUGCUGGACACAGAAACACUAAAUCCAGAGUGGAAUAAGGGCAAGGACCUCAGUAAGCAGGCAUCUGUAAAUGGAGCGCCCGAAAGUGUACCUGCAGACGGAACUGUCACUGCUCACAUUCAGGUGCCACCGGUUCAACAGGCAGCACCCAUCGGAAGUCCACCUGCUUUUCCCGGCCCCAUCCUGCUGUCCCCUACAUCCAUGCCUCCAGUAGGAGCUCCUUUCAUCUCCACAGAGUUCGACCUGACAAAGUUGGCACCAGCAGGUAGUAUGAAACCUCCAGAGGAGUCCACCAAGGAUCCUAAAGGAGACCCGGGCACACCCUCAGAUCUUGGCAUCGACAACCACCUGGGAUCUCCCGUAGCACCGGUGAUGACCCAGCCAGGACCAGGAGUUAUGCAGGGUCCCAGACUGGGUAUGCCACCUCUGCAGCCUCCUCCCGGCAUGCCAAAUCCUCACCUACCUCCGUUCCUCUCACCUCCAAACAUGCCACACAUGCAAAUGAUGCCCGGAGGACCCAUGUUUCCACCAGAUAGAUUCAGAAUGCCUAUGCCCUUCCCUCCUCGCGGCCCUCCUUUUCAUCGACAUCCUUCCAUGGGACCGGACGGCAUGCAUGACAGAGAAGGGAGGCAUUUCAGAAAUGGGAGAGCAGGGUUUGGGUGCCCACCCUUCCAGAGAGGGAGGUGGUAGAGGUAGGGUGAAUGAAGGACAUGAGGGGAGAGGAGGCUGAAUCACUGUGACAGAUAAGUAUCAAGACAUCUGGUUCAACAAGAACUUCUGUGAAUAAUUAAGGAUGCAUAAGCUUGUGUUUGGACUUUCUUUUUUACCACCAGAACAUUUUCUUACUGUCACAUAAACAAGGAAAAACAGGACACGGUGUUCUGAAUGUGAUCCAUGCACCUUCAAAUUCACCAGAGAAAAGACUCUUUGCUGUAAAUACUGUAUGUGCUCGUAGCUGUUUGCUAUCUUUUUGUAUAUUUGAAGCUGUGUAGUUUAUGCUGAAGUCUAAUUUUAGUAAAUGGAGGGAAAAACAAAGGCAAAGUCUGUAUUUUUGAGCUUAUUCCCUCACCAUAGUUAUUGUGUAUGGAAGAAGACUGAAAAUCUACUCACUUUUUUGGUAUUUAGGUUUUAGCAAAAUGCCUUUGUAACACACUAAUGUUUAAUUAUUCAGUUGAAAAGUUUGAUUUCAUUUGUAGGAGAAGAUUUCAUGUCCUGCCAGCAGAGGGUAGAGUAAACCCUGUUACCAUGGCCAACCUCUGUUGUACAUUAAGGUCACACCUUGAAGGAUCAUGUGCAGUGAAUAUUAAAAAGGGGUACAAUUUGA